UAUUCAGAUGCACACACUGCAACGCAAGCAGCUGUGCGACAACGUUGCGUUUUUUCUCUAAAUUUCACGAAAUUUGUGUUCUUAUCAAAAAAUAAAUAAAAAACAUAAAAAACGCAAUCGCGGGAAUCACACGAAGGUUAGAAUUAAGAAGUGUCUGUAAAAGACACAUAGUAUAGCGACACCGAUGAGUGUGGCAGCACCAAGAAGCGGCGCAGCCGGCGACAACAACAAUAAAAAUCAAAACUCAAAACUGCCUUCAAGUGCUCUGGAUGAUCUCGUACAAUAUGUGACGUUGCAUGUGCGCAAGCCAACGCCGUUGAGUGGCGUGGUCUUGCCCUUUGUCCCACUCUAUUUGACCGCAUUUUAUCUAUGGAUCUACGUGUACAAAAGCCACGACAGUGAAACGCCGUCCAAUGCAAUCGAAAAACCGCCGGGCGCUGAAGUUGAUUCCCCUGCGAUAGAUGGAAACGAAGGAGCUGCCUGGAAUGAUAUAGGUUUUAUUGCCGUAGUGGCCAUAGCAUUUCUGCAUGUCCUCACACUGCUCUUCUGCUACUGGAGCGUUCAUGUGCUAGCCUUUCUCACCUGCUCGCGUGUCAAGCAGCCGGCGGCGGGAGUUCUUGCGAAAGUUGUUCCAACUGAAAACAACGGCAACUCAAAGAUUGUGCCCAUACGCAGUCUGAAGCUAGAGGACGGCACUCUUCAGUACUAUCUGGUAUUCCAGAAGACCAAAUACGUGUGGAAUGACGACAAGAAGACAUUCCGUGCAGUCGAGUUCCCUGUAAACCAAUUGCUAAGCACCUAUGCCAACUCGUAUGGACUAGAGACGGAGGAGGCCAUCAAAACAGCAACACAGACGUAUGGCAACAAUGAGAUGGAUAUGGUUGUACCUGAGUUCCACGAACUGUUCGUUGAACGCGCCACGGCACCGUUCUUUGUAUUCCAAGUAUUCUCUGUGGGCCUGUGGUGCAUGGAUGAUUUCUGGUACUAUUCGUUGUUCACGCUCUUCAUGCUGAUUGCCUUCGAGUGUACGAUUGUGAAGCAGCAGCUACGCAACAUGUCAGAGAUUCGUAAGAUGGGCAACAAACCGUAUUUCAUCUAUGCGUUGCGCCAGAAGAAAUGGCGCCAAAUUGGCAGCGAUGAACUGUUGCCCGGUGAUCUGGUGUCCAUUACACGCUCUCAGAACGACAACAUUGUACCUUGCGACGUGGUCAUUCUGCGUGGCAGCUGUAUUGUAGACGAGAGCAUGCUGACUGGAGAAUCGGUGCCGCAAAUGAAGGAAUCUUUGGAGUCACUGCAGCAACUCGACAGCGAAUUGGAUGUCGAGGGCGAUGGCAAACUGAUGGUACUUUACGGUGGCACCAAGGUGGUCCAACAUACAGCUCCCAGCAGGGAAUCGAUGCGUGCCCCUGAUGGCGGCUGCAUUGGCUACGUCAUACGCACCGGCUUCAACACUUCCCAGGGCAAACUGUUACGCACUAUUUUGUUUGGAGCCAAUCGCGCAACAGAGAACAAUGCUGAGACCUUUGCUUUUAUUGCCUUUCUCAUGGUCUUCGCCGUCGCAGCCGCUUCGUAUGUGUGGGUCAAGGGCAGCGAGGAUCCCGAGCGCAAUCGUUACAAGUUGUUCCUUGAGUGCGCUUUGAUCCUGACCUCGAUUAUCCCUCCAGACUUGCCCAUUGAACUGACGCUGGCUGUGAACACAUCGCUCAUUCAGCUGACGAAGUUAUUUGUGUUCUGCACGGAACCUUUUCGCAUUCCAUUUGCGGGCAAAGUGCAAAUCUGUUGCUUCGACAAGACAGGCACGUUGACUACCGAUAAUCUGAUGGUCGAAGGCAUCGCUGGACUCGCACCCAAUGGCAAGUGUGUGCCCAUUGAUGAGGCUCAAGACAGCACCAUACAAGUGCUUGCCUGUUGUCACUCAUUGGCGUUGCUCGACGAUGGCUUGGUUGGUGAUCCGCUGGAGAAGGCGGCACUCGCCGCUGUGGACUGGAAUCUGACGAAAUCCGAUAGCGUGAUCCCGAAGCGUGGCAAGCUGAAGCCGCUGCGCAUUGUGCAGCGUUAUUACUUCAGUUCUGCGCUGAAACGGAUGUCGGUGCUAGCUGGUUAUCUGUUGCCCUUCUCUAACGAUGUGAACUACAUUGGUGCCGUCAAAGGUGCGCCCGAGGUUAUUCAGGGCAUGCUUAAGCAGGUGCCCAGCGACUACGAGAAGAUCUACUUGGAGUAUGCACGUCGUGGUGCUCGCGUCAUGGCGCUGGGCAUCAAGGACUUUGGCACACUGAAUGGUCAGCGAGUGCGGGAACUUAAGCGCGAUGAGGUUGAGUGUGAUCUAACUUUUGCCGGCUUCGUCAUUAUCUCUUGUCCCAUGAAACCCGACUCGAAGUCAGUGAUUAAGGAACUCGUGCAGUCCUCGCACAAAGUGCUCAUGAUCACCGGCGACAGUCCGUUGACUGCUUGCCAUGUGGCCCGAGAGCUGCGCUUUACGACCAAGAAGCUGGUGAUACUGACUCCACCACAACAGGGACGCACCGAAGACUGGAGCUGGAUGACUGUAGAUGGGGAUCGCAGCUACGCAUUGGAUGACAGCAAGUCGCAGAAGAACAUUGCCAUGCUCUUGUCCACCAACGAUCUGUGCAUUACGGGCGAGGGACUGCAGUACUUGCAGCAGUUCCACAACCAAUACAUGCGCCAGUUGCUGCCCCAGGUGACGGUCUGUGCACGCUUUGCGCCCAAGCAGAAGGAAUACAUUAUAACGACGCUGAAGCAGUUGGGUUACUACACGCUGAUGUGCGGCGAUGGAACCAACGAUGUGGGCGCCUUGAAGCAUGCCCAUGUGGGCGUCUCGCUGUUGACCAGCGCACCUGUGAAGCGCAAGCGCACUGAGGAGGAGCUGCAGCAAAUCAAUGCAGCUGCCACAGCCGCUGCGGCCGCAGCUCAGGCGCAGGCCAAUCAACAAUUGUCACCACGAGAGCGUGCAAUGCGCCGCCGACAAGAGCAUAUCAAUCAAACACAGGCGCGUCUACAGAGUGCCUUACGCGAUAUGGAGGAGCAAACGAUGGUGAAGCUGGGCGACGCAUCCAUUGCAGCGCCUUUCACCAGCAAGUUGUCAUCGAUUACGUGCGUGAAUCACAUCAUCAAGCAAGGACGCUGCACGUUGGUGACCACGCUGCAAAUGUUCAAGAUUCUUGCAUUGAAUGCUCUCAUUCAGGCGUAUUGCCAGUCUGUGCUCUACAUCGAUGGCGUCAAGUUUAGCGACACACAGGCCACCAUGCAGGGCAUUUUUGUAGCUGCCUGUUUUCUGUUCAUAACGCGCUCCAAGCCCCUGAAAACACUGUCGAAGGUGGCACCACUGCCAAACAUUUUUAAUUUGUACACCAUCACGACGAUUCUCACACAAUUCGCUGUGCACUUUGGAGCACUUUACUAUUUGACCAGUGAAGCAUCGGCGCUGGCGCCGCCCAGAGUGGGCAAGGUAAAGCUUUAUAUUGACAUGGACAAUGAGGAGAAGACCAAAUAUGAUCCGAAUAUUGUCAGCAGCACGGUCUACAUCAUUUGCAUAUCGCUGCAGGUGGCCACCAUAGCCGUUAACUACAAGGGUCAUCCGUUUAUGGAGAGUCUGCGCGCCAAUCGAAUGCUGAUGUGCGCCAUUGGCGCCUCGGCUGCUUUGGUGCUUUUCCUCACCACUGGCGCCGUGCCCGGACUGACGCAAUUCUUUGAAAUUGUGGAUUUCCCGUCGAAUUUCCGCGUCACAUUGCUCACUGUGCUGAUUGUUGACAUCGUUGGUGCCUUUGCUCUGGAUCGCAUUUGUUCAUUCCUGUUUGGGGAGACGCGUCGCAAGUCCAAAGUCCUCAACUGUUAGAAGUAGCAUUAAUCCCCUUUAGUUAACUACAACAACCACAGACAAGCAGCAAAUUUGCAUUUUGCUCUUAAUCAACAUCAAAAACGAAAUGUUGAAGAUUUUCAUAAAUUCAUAAGUUUUCAUUUGACUUUUCGUGUGCCCUGCAACUCGUAUUAAAAAAUUGUGUGUUUUUCGGCGUCGGUUUCUUAAAUGUUAAAUCAUAAACAAAUGAAGUGAAAAUGAAUGCAAAAGAGAAACAAUUAAGUAUAAUUUAUGAAUAUGUUUUAUUUUUAUUAUUUGCAAAGUUUAAUUUUUGUGCAUUUGCAUUUUGAUUUUCCAAGUUGUGCGUACUAGAUAUGCAAUUAGUA